UUUGUCUGAUCAACAUUUUUUGAGAAAAUUUUGUUAUGGUAAUGAUUUUAAAAGACAUAGAUCAGAGUUUUCAUGAACACAGCUAGCAAGCUUUCGUAUGAAUUUUGGAAAGAUAAACGGAGCUAUUCAAUGUAGAAACCUUACAACUUGAGAACUGAAUGACUGCAAAAAGCUUUUGACUCCAAAAUUACAUGGACGGAAAAGCAUUGCCAGGACCGAGAACACAACAAAACUCAGAGCCGCACAAGAGCAAAAUGUUUGUCGCACAUUUUGUCCGUUUUGCACUGAUUUUGCUCAUUUGCCGGAGUGAAUUUUGCCAUGGUGAGGAAGAACAACAAGCAAAGGACAAAUUACAAGAAGCAUUGAAGUCAGUUGAAGAGUAUAAAGUCAGAAACAAAAGAGCAGCACCUUGCAAAGAUGGCUACCAUGAUUGCUCGAUUUACAAGCCUUACUGUAAACACAACUCUUAUAAAGAGUUUGUCAGCAAAUACUGCAAGAAGACGUGUAACCUUUGUCCUAAACGUAAGUUGCUUAUUUUCUUAUUAUAUAAUAAUUUAAAAGAUAUGGUCCUCCCCCCCGCUCUCUUAAUGAUUACAUCCAUCGAGUUCUUUUGUUAG